CUGUCUGUCAAGAAAUGUCAGAAAUCAGCGACUGUGUGUACGAUUAGUUUAUAAUUAUUUUUUUAUUUUAUUUAACAAACUGUUUACCAGUAAAAGAAAACUUUUUAAAUACACUUGUAACUUAUAUCGCUAUCUACAGUUUAAAUCAUGUGUUACGUUAUAGUAACUGGAAGGAGCUUAGCAUGGCUUUUACUAAGUUUGGUAGCAUUCAUGUUAAUUUUGACUGGUAUUAUGACUCCUAAAUGGCUUAUGGGCCAGCCCGUGGUGCUCAACGAGAAGAAUAUCACUAGUUUUUAUGUUCCUAGCGUCGGUAUUUACAAUAGAUGUAUCCGCAUGAGAGAUGACCAUAACAACUGUGCUUCGUUCUCGUUCUAUGGGCUGGCCACUGAUGCUGAAGUGUAUCCUACACCUUGGAAGGCGGCCAUGUUCUUCCUGUCUCUGUGUGCAGCCAUACAAUUCGCAACUGUGUUAGCGGGUGUUAUGGCGUGUUGUGUGCAAUCUGUGUUUAAGAAGAGUGUCAUUUCAUUAGCUGGGGCUACUCAAGCACUUGGUGGUCUAUUCGGCGUGCUAGGUCUACUGUUAUACCCUUGGGGCUGGGGAGCAACCAGAGUCAAAAGACUAUGUGGCGAGAACUCCGAACCUUAUAUACCAGGGGACUGUUCUAUUGGUUGGGCGCUCUUCGUAACUGCAACAGGGGUAGCUCAGAUAUUCCUAGCGAGUGCACUUUCGAAGACAGCCGACAAAGCCGCUAACUCUGACAAGGUACAAUUUCAAAUGGACGAAGGUAAACAAUUGAUUUGUUUAGCCUGAUUUACUGUUUAAAUGUUUACAGAAACGUUGACAGCUGGUUGUGUA